AACCUGAACCUGGAGCUGAACCUGAACCUAGACCUGAAUCUGGACCUGAACCAGAACCUAGACCUGAACCUGGACCUGAACCAGAACCUGGUGCUGAAGCUGAAGCUCCGUUUCACAUCUGAAUCCCGGCGGAUUGUGGAGACAAGCUGCUUCCAUUACCGGACACGGAGACUGAGCGGCUCCACCGGCAGCAUCAGCACCAGGAGGGAGACGCUGUGAGGCGGAUCAUGGUGCUGAUACAGGUGGAGCAGGUGUAGCUGGUGGUGCUGCAGGUCGUGCUGCCGCAUCGCUCCGCCGCGCCGCCGCGCCGCCGCCGGGGCGCCGGUGAUGCUGUCGUCGUCAUCGUGUCCCAGACAGAGACAGAGAGAGAGAGAGAUGGAGAGGAGAGGCUCUGUCAUGGAGGAUCAGCAGGUUGGACGGAGCGCCUGAAGCCGGAGCAGCUCGGUUCGGUUCGGUCCGGUCCGGUUCGGUUCGACACGCUGGAGAGAAACAGAAUAAAGUUCGACUGGAAUAGAAAUGUUUGUGUUUGUGUGCGUGAAGGUGCGCGGCCCGCAUGUUGCUGAUGCAUCACAGCAGCAUCUCUCUGUAGGUCAGGCUGGAUUACAGAGCAGCAGGCCUCCAUCUGAAGACAGCUUCUGAUCCGGAACCACACAGAGUCCCAGAGUGCACCCUGUUGCUGCUGGAGGAAACUACUGAUCCUGCUGUUUCACUGGACCACAACAUGACUCACCUCCAGGCAGGCCUCUCUCCGGAGACCCUGGAGAAGGCCAAGGUGGAGCUGAAAGAGAACCCGGAGACUUUACACCAGGACAUCCAGGAGGUCCGGGACAUGAUCAUCACCCGGCCAGACAUCGGGUUCCUCAGGACGGACGACGCCUUCAUCCUCCGGUUCCUCCGGGCCAGGAAGUUCAACCACUUCGAGGCGUUCCGGCUGCUGGCCCAGUACUUUGAGUACCGACAGCAGAACCUAGACAUGUUCAAGAACCUGAAAGCCACGGACCCGGGCAUCAAGCAGGCCCUGAAGGACGGGUUCCCCGGCGUGCUCUCCAACAUGGACCGAUACGGCAGGAAGAUCCUGGUCCUGUUCGCAGCCAACUGGGACCAGAGCAGGUACACCUUCGUGGACAUCCUGAGAGCGAUCCUGCUGUCGUUGGAGUCCAUGAUCGAAGAUCCGGAGCUGCAGGUCAACGGCUUCAUCCUCAUCAUCGACUGGAGCAACUUCACCUUCAAACAGGCGUCCAAGCUGACUCCCAGCAUGCUGAGGCUGGCCAUCGAGGGGCUGCAGGACAGUUUUCCUGCCAGAUUUGGAGGAAUCCACUUUGUGAACCAGCCCUGGUACAUCCACGCUCUCUACACCGUGAUACGACCCUUCCUCAAGGACAAGACCAGGAAGAGGAUCUUCAUGCACGGCAACAACCUGAACAGCCUCCACCAGCUGAUCCAUCCUGAGAUCUUGCCGUCGGAGCUCGGCGGGAUGAUGCCACCGUACGAUAUGGGCACGUGGGCGCGAACGCUGCUGGAUCACGCCUACGACGAAGAGACCGACUAUUGUCCGGAGUCCUACACCCUGUCAGUCCAAGACCUGGAGAGAGACCUGGAGAAAAACCUGUCCCCGAAAACCAUGAAGAGGUCUCAGUCGGUGGUGGAACCCGGCGUCCUGAAACGACCAGACAAAGUCAAGAGUGAAGAAGACAACAUGCAGCCGCUGCUCUCGCUGGACUAAACCACAUUAAACCAGCAACGGCUCUACGGCAGAAUCAGUAUUCACACACUCUAACACACUGACUUACCUGAAAACACCUUCCUCCAGAACAUGCUGCUGCUGCUGCUGCUGGAUUCUUCU